AUGAUCCGGCCCCGGCAUGACUAUUCGCCUUGCCUCGCCGAGAAGGACGAGCAGAAGAAGAGAGAGGCGGCUGUCACCGAGGAGUCGCCCAUGCGCCUGCGGAUGGAGAAGUUCAUCAAAGAGCAGCAGCAGAUCAUUGUCAAAGAACUCGAGCGCAUCGAUGGAAAGAAGUUUCGGAAAGACGAGUGGACACGGCCCAAUGGCGGCGGCGGCAUCACAUGCGUGCUGCAGGAGGGUAACGUGUUCGAAAAGGCCGGCGUUGGCGUCAGCGUCGUCUACGGAUCGCUGCCCAAGCCUGCCAUCAUGAAGAUGCGCGAGAACCACAAGAACCUCGACCCCGACGUCGAGUCCCUGGAGUUCUUCGCCGCCGGCCUGAGCAUGGUGCUGCACCCGUCCAACCCCAUGGCCCCUACGGUGCACCUCAACUACCGGUACUUCGAGACGGCCAAUCCCGACGGUAGCUCUCAGGCGUGGUGGUUCGGAGGAGGCUGCGAUCUGACGCCGUCAUACCUCUUUGACGAGGACGCCAUCCACUUCCACAAGACGAUCAAGGAGGCCUGCGACUCCCACGACAAGACGUACUACCCUCGGUUCAAGAAGUGGUGCGACAAGUACUUCUUCAACAAGCACCGCGGCGAGUGUCGCGGCGUGGGAGGCAUCUUCUUUGACGAUCUCGACGAGACAGAGCGCGACCAGGAGAACACCUUUGCCUUUGUUCAGGACUGCCUCAAGGCCUUCUUGCCGUCGUACAUCCCCAUCCUCGAGAAGCGCAAGGACAUGCCCUUUGAUGCCAAGGAGAAGGAGUGGCAGCAGAUCCGCAGAGGCAAGUAUGUCGAGUUCAACCUGGUCCACGACCGAGGGACCGCCUUUGGGCUAAACACGCCCGGAUCACGAGUCGAGAGCAUUCUCAUGAGCUUGCCGUUGACGGCGAGCUGGAAAUACAUGUACGAGCCGGAGCCCAAGAGCAGGGAGCAGAGGCUGGUGGAUGUGCUCAAGGAGCCCAAGGAGUGGGUGUAAUUGGUAUAUCACUGUAUAACAAACAUCACACACUUUUUUUUUUUUUUGCAGUAUAUUUUGUAAUUGUAGCGG